AUGCGUGAGAUUGUUCACCUUCAGACCGGCCAGUGCGGUAACCAGAUUGGUGCUGCCUUCUGGCAGAACAUCUCUGGCGAGCACGGUCUCGACAGCAAUGGCGUGUACAACGGCACUUCCGAGCUCCAGCUCGAGCGCAUGAGCGUCUAUUUCAACGAAGCCUCCGGCAACAAGUACGUUCCUCGCGCCGUCCUCGUCGACUUGGAGCCCGGUACCAUGGACGCCGUCCGUGCCGGUCCCUUUGGCCAGCUUUUCCGCCCCGACAACUUCGUCUUUGGCCAGUCCGGUGCCGGCAACAACUGGGCCAAGGGUCACUACACUGAGGGAGCUGAGCUCGUCGACCAGGUUCUCGAUGUCGUCCGUCGCGAGGCUGAGGGCUGCGACUGCCUCCAGGGCUUCCAGAUCACCCACUCCCUUGGUGGUGGUACCGGUGCCGGUAUGGGUACCCUCCUGAUCUCCAAGAUCCGUGAGGAGUUCCCCGACCGCAUGAUGGCCACCUUCUCCGUCGUUCCCUCUCCCAAGGUUUCCGACACCGUUGUCGAGCCCUACAACGCCACCCUCUCCGUCCACCAGCUGGUCGAGAACUCCGACGAGACCUUCUGCAUUGACAACGAGGCUCUCUACGACAUCUGCAUGCGUACCCUCAAGCUCUCCAACCCCUCCUACGGCGACUUGAACCACCUCGUUUCCGCCGUCAUGUCCGGUGUCACCACCUGCCUGCGUUUCCCCGGUCAGCUGAACUCUGACUUGCGCAAGCUCGCCGUCAACAUGGUUCCUUUCCCCCGUCUCCACUUCUUCAUGGUCGGCUUCGCUCCCCUGACCAGCCGUGGCGCCCACUCCUUCCGCGCCGUCAGCGUUCCCGAGCUCACCCAGCAGAUGUUCGACCCCAAGAACAUGAUGGCUGCCUCUGACUUCCGCAACGGUCGUUACCUGACCUGCUCUGCCAUCUUCCGUGGUAAGGUCGCCAUGAAGGAUGUUGAGGACCAGAUGCGCAACGUUCAGAACAAGAACUCGUCCUACUUCGUCGAGUGGAUUCCCAACAACGUCCAGACCGCCCUUUGCUCCAUUCCUCCCCGCGGCCUCAAGAUGUCUUCCACCUUUGUCGGUAACUCUACCGCCAUCCAGGAGCUCUUCAAGCGUGUCGGUGAGCAGUUCACUGCCAUGUUCCGUCGCAAGGCUUUCUUGCAUUGGUACACUGGUGAGGGUAUGGACGAGAUGGAGUUCACUGAGGCUGAGUCCAACAUGAACGAUCUCGUCUCCGAGUACCAGCAAUACCAGGAUGCUGGUGUUGACGAGGAGGAGGAGGAGUACGAGGAGGAGGUCCCUCUUGAGGAGGAGGUUUAA